UAAUCAUCUGUAUUGGCUAGUUAUGAUGUUGAUUAAAAAACCCUGGAGAAUCAAUCAUGAGAGUACAUGGAGCACAUGGGGAGAAUGCAUGUGAUUCAUUCAUCAAAAAUUUUAUUAUUUAGAAAUCAGUAUAAUCCACAUUCAAGUGGCUAUUCAAAGAAAUUCAAUUAAGCAAAUUGUAUGCUUUUAGCAUCUCUUGUUGCAAAAAGCCAUAUCAUGUUUUUGAACUAUAUUUAUCCCAAAAUGUCCAUGUUCAUGUUCUUCUUUGAAGGGCCAAAACGACUCUCAAAUCUCACUUGAGAUUAAGAAUCUGCCUUGGGAAAUUUCAUUCUCUUCCAAUUUCCAAGGGGCAUAGUGAAAUCAAACUUUAAAUUGGUACAUUGAACUCGUACCAGAUCUUUUCAGAAGUCCAGCAAACACGUCUUUCUUGUAAAUUAAGGUUUUUAAGGUGCAGUGCUCAACGAUGUGGUUUAACAUUGAUGCCAUCAGUAUAGCCAUUGGUUGUGUCAAGCAGCCCUGCUAACUGCACUCCUCUGUCUGUCAUCAUAUAAAGCCCACCCAAUGCCGGGUAAGCAGUUCUGAUUGGUUCCUGGGUUUUUGGUGAUUUGGAAAUUGCCCUCAAUGUUAUGGUGGUCUCCAAGAGGACCUGCUGAGCAAAUUCAAAUGGGCCAACAAAUUUCCCCAGGCUAGCCAAUCGGUGUUUGUGUGGCUGAGUUUGUCUGCGAUUUCCUGUGACUCCGCGCCCCCGACAGGUGUUUGACUGACUUGAAGGAUGACCCAGAACAGCAUGCAGGCGUUGCCCACGGCCGACGACGCGCAGAAGGAGCAGGAGAGCGAGGCCACAGGUACCCCCGACUCAGUGGAGGAGGCGGUGGGGGAGUCGCUCUGGGACAGGGCUUGGAGGACCGCACUGACCGCAGGGGCCUUCCUCAGCCUUUACGUCAUCUCACAGAUACUGGGAGUGUGGGUCGUGUACAUGCUGAACGGAUACCAUGCGUUCCCAGCGGCUCAUAAAGUGCUGGACCUCAUGCAGUACCUGCUCUCAUCCACAGACCAGGAGGCAUCAGUCCAGGAACAGGUGGAGAUCUGGAGGGUGGAGACUCUAUGCCCCCUACUGGCCACACUGUUCCUUGGCGUGGUGAUCCUUGGCACUGGGACUCUCUUCUGCAUCCGGACCCUGGUGCCUGGACCCCACCCCACCUUCCCCGACGACCGACGCCAGUCCAUGAGCCGCCAGCCCUCCUUCACCUACUCGGAGUGGACAGACGCCAAGGCGGACGACUUCUUCGACCUGGAGCCCGUGCCCGAGACGCCCGUGUUCGACUGCUUCAUGGACAUGAAGGCCGACUCCGACCACGGCACUCUGAGCGUCAAAGGCGUGGGCCUUCAGGAAAGACGAGGCUCCAACGUGUCGCUGACGCUGGACAUGUGCACCCCGGGCACCACGGAGCCUUACGGGGCGCUGCUGUCCCCCCGCGACCAGACCACCCAGGAGUACCUGCAGAAGGCCUCCAACGUGCUGACCGCUGCCCAGCUGCACGCCAGGGCCCUGGACGACGCCGUGGUGCAGGCCGAGUUCUACGAGACUCCAAUGAAUUUUGUGGACCCAAAGGAAUACAGUAUCCCUGGUGUAGUGCGGAAAAAUCGAUAUAAGACCAUUCUUCCCAACGCACACAGCAGAGUGUGCCUUAGAGCCAUGGACAAAGACGACUUCCUCAGCACCUACAUCAAUGCCAAUUACCUGCGGGGCUAUGGGGACGAGGACAGGGCUUACAUCGCCACCCAGGGCCCGACGGUCAACACAGUGGGGGACUUUUGGAGGAUGGUGUGGCAGGAGCACUCACCCAUCAUCGUCAUGAUCACCAACAUCGAGGAGAAGAACGAGAAGUGUGCAGAGUACUGGCCAGAGGACACUGUGACCUGUGAGGGGAUCGAGAUCACAGUCCAGCAGGUCAUCCAGGCGGACGACUACAGCCUUCGAAUCUUUUCUCUGAAGUGUGAGGAAGAGGAGCGGAGCCUAAAGCAGUACUGGUACACCUCAUGGCCUGACCAGAAGACACCAGACAAGGCCCCGCCCCUCCUUGAGCUGGUCCAGGAAGUGGAGGAGGCGCGGGAACAGGCUCCGCCCGGAAGUGGCCCCGUCAUUGUCCACUGCAGCGCUGGCAUCGGCCGUACUGGCUGCUUCAUUGCCACAAGCAUCCUCUGCAAGCAGCUGAGAAAUGAAGGGGUGGUGGACAUCCUCAAGACAACCAGCCAACUGCGCCUAGACAGGGGUGGGAUGAUCCAAACAGCGGAGCAGUACCAGUUUGUUCAUCACGUUCUCAGUUUGUAUGAGAAGCAGCAUUCCCACCAUACGGAGGAGUAAAGAUGGCGGACGUCGUCCAGCGUCGUCCAGUCCCUCCUCACAGACCAACGGCCCCACUCUCUGCCCCGUCUGCACUACAUCAGAACCAGCCUUGCAUGCCAUUCCAACAGACCUGCCCGACUCUCCGCAUGGCAUCCCAUCGUUCCCCCGACCCACAGCCCUGACCGCCGCGUCGCGCCUCCCGAAAAAAAACACUCCUCCAACUCCGAUCGAGACACUCCAUCAGCAUUCAGAGGAAGCACACGAUCGACAGUCAUUCCAGCCGCCUGACCAAACACAUCCAACAACCCCUUUGCGUAGCUUCAUUAGCAAACAUGAUCCAGAGAGAAGCAUUUGUUUUGAACUGCCCCCCCCCACCCCCACCCCCACUCCCUCCAUCUUCACUCCCACCCUGUGAGCGCCGACUUUAUGAAGCCUGUGAGGGAACUCUGAGGACAGAGGGUAGCUCAACAAUUCCACCCAGGAUGCCAUCAGCACACAUCCCCAAAGACUUCCUUGCCUUGCAGCCCAAAGCCUGACACUGGUAUGAGGUAUGGCCUUGGUGCUGCUGGACUCUUUCUCAAUCCGAAUGUAAGAAGGGUAGAUGGCCAUGCGGUCACGAGCCAGAUCUCAGUGUGUCAUUACAGCACAACAACAAUCCACUAUGGACGAUGAAGAAGAAGACGAGGAAGAAGAACAUAAAAACACAGAGGGACAAUCUCGACCUUCUUGGUCUUUUUGACCACCGUGUUUGUCAUGAGACUGACCGUGGUCAGAAGGUCCGGUCGUCGUGCUGCGUGGGUUAUUGGCAGAGGAGCAGUAUUGUUUGCCAGCCAAAAAAAAAACUAAAAAAACUGAAGGAUUUAGAGCCUAAACAUUCAACGUCUACAUCGGUCUCAACAGGGCAGAACUAACACACAUACGUACAUAGUCAACAUAGUCAACACUGAUGCCAAUUUUCCACUACAGGAGAGUGAAUGCAUUAUUGUGUGUUUGUGUAUGUUUGUGUGUGUGUGUGUGUGUGUGUGUGUGUGUGUGUGUGUGUGUGUGUGUGUGUGUGUGUGUGUGUGUGUCUGCAUGUGUUUGUGUGUGUGUGUGCAUAUGUACUGUAAGUGCAAGUGUGUGUGUGUGUGUGUGCAAAUACACAUGUGAGCAAAUACACAUGUGCGUAUGUACCGUACAGUAUGUCUGCAUGAGAGAGAGAGAGAGAGAGAGAGAGAGAGAAAGUGUGCUAAUACAUUAUGAUGACAUGGGUGCGUGCAUAUCAUAAAACAUGUCUUUCUUAGUUGAGAGAAGUCAGUCAGUCUCAAGCAUGUGCAGUAUUAGUUCAUAACGGUCUGUUGAGUGGCUUGUCGGAGAGGCCCAGAGUGUCUCUCCUCACCCAAAUUCUCCUAUAGAAUGUGUACAACUGCACAGGCAGGACACCCUGCUAUGAACUGCAACAAGCUAUAAUGUUUUUUAGACAUUGACAGCCUGCAUUGUGGUUGGUCUCAAGGAAUAGGUUAAUCUAGCACAUGUAUUUUAUACAUAAUGGCCUUACUCAGUGUCUGUCCGUCGGUCUCGUCCACAUGCCUUCCUUGUCCAUGACUCUCCUGCUUGUCGUGUUUGUUCCUGGUGGUGGUGUUCCACUUGACUUGAACACACAUUUGAUGCUGCACCUCAAGAUUUUAUGUGAUCAAAAUGCCGGUACACUGUAUAUCCAACUACUGUUAACCAUGUACAUAACAGCUUGCUUCUGUGACGGGAAGUGCGAGAGUGUGGCAUAUCGCAGGAGAAUUACAGACCCUGCAUCUGCAGGUGUCCCUCUGUAACUUGAUCAAUGACUGAUCUUUUAUUGAUUUGCCUGCUUCUCUUCUAUUGACUUGGACUUAAUUUGUAUGUGAGUCGGCUUACCCGUUUAGUUCUCUGGGUGUAUCAUUGGCAGCAAAAUGAGACAGAAGCAUUGUUCUAGAUGGCAGCUCUAUCAAAUGAUCUGACAGCUUUGCUCAGAUGUUUUUUUUUUUUCUUCUCCCCCUCCCAGUCUGCAUGACAAAGUCAACAAUGAACUGUGUCCGUGUGAGUGACUCUGACAGAGUGUCUGAGACGUCGUAUCUGCACUCUGCCUAAUCUGCAUCCAGUGCUGUGUGCCGUGCCCCGUCUCUGCCGCUCGCUGGAGUCGAGACUGAGCGAGAGGAGAGGCGCGAGGGGAAAUGUGCACAGCACGCGGAGGAGGGAAUCGCUGGCUAGGCUUCAUUUAACGGUCACUUCAGUGAUGCCAGUGACCCCCCCCUCCCCCUCCCCCCUCCCUCACCACCACUCCCCCACCUCCCAACCUGAUUGAUUUGUUACUGCAUUGAAAUUCAUGACCUGUCUUUUAAAUGUAAAUUGUUUAUUUUCAUCCACGUCUAAUGAAAUUGUUUGUAUCCUUAAUUAAUUAAGAGCUAGUGUAUCAUUGUGCUUUGUACUUACUAUAUUGGUUUGUUUCAGUACAACGGACGUUGACUUCAUAUAUUUGCUUUAUAUUAUGUUUUAGUGUUAUGAUAAGUGUGUUUGAUAAUCUGCUAUGACAGCAUUGUUUUUUUUCUUUUUUCUAAUUGGUUUAUGUUUUGAUGUUCUAUCUGUUGCAGCAUUGCCAACAUCUCCCUGUUUCUGUACACUGCCAAAGACUUCCUUCAAAGUACAUUCAUGCCCAUAGUAGGGGCUACUUUAGGCCGACAAGACUGGACGUAUAGAAUGAAUGCCUAUAUUGUUCUGGUGCAUGUGCUCCAAACUGGAAUUAGACCCUUUGACCUUGGUGUUAUUUGCACCAUGUUCAGCUGACUGAGCCACAGCAACACCAUACUGAAAAUGCUAAUCUUAUAAAUAUACUGUGUUUGCAUCCAGCUAAUUCCUACAAAGUGGACUACUCAGACAAAGUGCAGCAGCAGCAGCAGCAGCAAGCUUAAAAUCACGUGACUGCAGCUGAUUGACUGUUGCCUUUGCAGACAUAAAAUGAAGGUCUUUUAGUUACAAGCGGACACAUAGAAACAUCAAUACGUAUCCAUGUUUCAGAUUUAUGCCAUUGCAGCUUUCUGUGUCUCGUCCAUUCACAUUUAGACUUCUUGUCGAAGUUACUGUAGAUUAAAAUAACAUACAAAGGACAAGAUUGCCAACUUAUUUCCAGAUUUUAUACCAACAGAACAUUUUAUGGACAAUUCUGGGCAUUUUGAUGCCUAUUACGCCUUUGCCAGGGUUAUCAUGAUAACUUUCGUUUCUUCUUGGCCGACUAAUAAUAAUAGACCCAGAGCAGACCACACUCAGCCUUUCAUGGUGGUUUGAACAGGAAGUACUGCUGUGGGUGGCUAGAGUGGCACCCAGCACUUCCUCCUGCCUUCCACACUGCUGCCAAGCUCCCUCUAUCUGCGCUUGGCCUGGACGAGAUGGCCGCUCAUCACCCCCUGCUCCGUCCCACAAUCCUCCAUCUGGCCGGGCCAUCUGUUCACCCUGGGCUGGUGCGGGGUGCGGCGGCGCGACCGCAAACACUUCCCCCCUCUCUCUCCUCCACAUCAUGCCUCUGCCUGUGAGAUAAAACACACUUCAGGUGCUCUGCUGUUGGCAAUGUUGUGAUGGAUUCUUAGCAUUCAAGGGAAUGUGAGGCGACGGCUCACGUAUCCACUUCUGUUAUGUUGAAAUGUUCUUUUUUUUUUCUUCAAAUAUCUCUAAUGAACUACCUGAAAUAUGUUUGUCUGCUAUUUAUUUAUGUAUGUAUUUAUAUUUAUUUGAAUAUUUAUUGUUUGAUAUAAUCAUCAUAUCCCAAUCAAUUUCAAUGGAUCCUAAAAUGGCAGAGGACCUCUUUUUAACCAUUGCCUAAUCAGAUGCCUUGUGUCCAUGCUGUGAAAGACCUACAUAGAAUGUAAAACCACUGAAUUUACCAUUUCAUGGCUUGUAUGAUUGGUUAUUGCUUGAUCUUUAAAAUAAAAUGCUACUUGUAUUUAUUAAAGAAAAAAA